UUCUGUUUUCGAACGGAAAUGUACCUCGGGCGUACUGUUCUUCUCGCGUGAUCUUUUUCUAGUUACCUUAGUUUAGCAUUUUAAGGUCAAAGGAAUUCAGAAAGCUCCUUCCAAGGUGGUUUCCUGCAGCUUGGUUUAUGACUGCUGCUAUUGCCAUUAUUCUCUUGAGAGCAAUUUGAGAGCUUAGGAGAAAAAAAGAAAACAAGGAUGACAUCAAACUAUGCUCUUCGUAUGGCCAGACUCAGUGCACGAAUAUUUGGGGAGGUGGCACGACCAACAGACAAGCAAUCAAUGAAAGUUGUAGAGUUAUUUAAGGAACAGCCAUUGGCACUUAAGAAGGAGGUGUAUGACUGGUAUCCAGAUCACAAUGUUUACUUUGCUUUAACCCAAAAACUUAGGUUUAUGGGGCUGUACAGAGAUGAACAUGAGGAUUUCAAGGAUGAAAUGAAGAGGAUGAGAAAACUACGUGGUAAAGGUCCUCCUAAGAAAGGAGAAGGAAAGAGAGCAACAAAGAAGAAGUGAUUGGAAACUUUGGAAUUGUCAAUGCACUCUAAUUUUCUUUAAAUAUAUUUAAAGAUCAUCAUGUUUUGCUGAUCAAUUUGAGUUCAGAAUUUGGAAAAGACAUUGAUGGACUACAAAACCAUUUAGUAGACAUUCACUUUUUCAUAUUUUUUGUUAAAAUUUUGUUACUUAAGUUAUUGUCAAUAUAUUUUACUGUACAAAGUUAAGACCCAAACUUAAAUUUGGUAUAAAUACUAUUUUA